GCAAUUCUCCAAGUCCACUAUAUAAAGCUCCACCACCCCCAACAUUCCCCUUAUUCUUAUUCCCUCCCUCCCUCUCUCCCUCUCCUUCUCCCUCUCCCUCUCCCAUCCUCUCUGCAAUUUCACAACGAAUUUCAUCAGUACAACCUCAUUCACCAGCUCUGAAAACCAGAAAAGAUGAACCAAUCCACCAUGUUAGUAGCUGAAGAAACCAUGUUUUCCCUGCCUCCUCUGUAUCACCAGCGAAACCACCCCCAGGACGGCGUCUCUGGGCUUAACCCGUGCCUCACCCAGGAGCACUGGGGCGACCUCCCUCUCCAGCUCAACGACUCCGAUGACAUGCUCAUCUACAACUCCCUCCACGACGCCCUCCACUCCGGCUGGUCCCCUUACGACUCCGUCAUCACCACCGUCCACCCCCAGCCCCGCCCCCUCCUCCACGCCGCUUCGGUCCCCGCCUCCUUCGCCCCCGACGAGGCCCUGUUUCUCCACAACGCUUUCGCCUCUUACAGCCCCUCCGUCGAGGUCUCCGGUGGCGUGGUCAAUUUGGAAGGGCGGGAGAGCGAUUUCGCCAGAGAUUACGGUCUCCACCGGAGCGCGUUUUGCAAGGGACGCCACUACAGGGGAGUGAGGCAGAGGCCGUGGGGCAAGUACGCCGCGGAGAUACGCGACCCGGCUAAAAACGGCUCCCGAGUCUGGCUCGGCACCUACGAGACGGCUGAGGAAGCUGCUCUCGCUUACGACCGAGCCGCUUACCGGAUGCGCGGCGCCAAGGCCUUGCUCAACUUCCCUCACCGGAUCGGCUCCGGCGAGCCCGCGCCGGUCAGAGUCACCGCAAAGCGCAAGGAAUCCGAGGCUAAAGGCGCCGUCGCUGGCUCGGCCAAGAAGGCAAAAGGAGCACCGACGGUGGCGGCAGUGGCGGCCGAGGCCGAUGGAGGAGCCGGUUUGAGGAGGGAGGGGGAGCGAUUGGAUGCAUUCCACGUAGGGCUGUUGCUACUUGGCGAGGAGCUAUUGGUUAGUUAGGUUCAUUGAAAAAACAAAAGGAACGACAUAAAAGAAGGCGCGAGGAAAACGUUGGUAUGUUUUGUAAUGAAAACUACCAAUCACACGCACUGUGUUUGUGUUUGGGAAUGAAUACUAAGCUGAGGACGAGUCUGUCGGUCGUUGAUGAACAGAACCGAUGCACAAGAAGGGGCUGACGUAGAUCAAACUCAUGUUCCUAUUUCUGCAGGAACAGGUGAGGCAAUGACAUGAACACCCAAUAGAAAAAAAUCACAUCAGAUGGAUGUCAAUGUGAAGAAUCAAUACAAUCAUCAUGUCACUUUAAGAAGUUA